GUUUAGUGGUGAUGUUUGCUUUAUUUGCCUGUACAGCUGGCCAUGUGUUAUGUGGCUGUGGACUGUUGGGCGUGGGAAUAUGGCUAUCGGUGUCACAAGGAAACUUCGCCACGUUUUCUCCCAGCUUUCCAUCGUUUUCGGCUGCCAACCUUGUCAUUGCCAUUGGUACAAUCAUCAUGGUGACUGGCUUUUUGGGGUGUCUGGGUGCUAUCAAGGAAAACAAGUGCCUCCUUUUAAGUUUUUUCAUCAUUUUGCUGAUAAUUCUCCUGGCAGAGCUGAUAUUACUCAUUUUGUUCUUUGUUUAUAUGGACAAGGUCAAUGAGAAUGCAAAGAAGGAUUUGAAAGAAGGCCUUCAGCUUUACAAUACAGAAAAUAAUGUGGGGCUGAAGAACGCAUGGAAUAUCAUUCAGGCAGAGAUGCAUUGCUGUGGGGUUACUGAUUAUACUGACUGGUUCCCUGUCCUGGGGACAAAUGUUGUCCCUGACCGAUGCUGUAUGGAAAAUUCCCAAGACUGUGGACGGAAUUCUACUGAUUUAGUGUGGAAAACGGGUUGUUACGAGAAAGUUAAAAUGUGGUUUGAGGAUAAUAAGCAUGUUCUCGGGACAGUUGGGAUGUGUAUCCUCAUAAUGCAGAUACUUGGCAUGGCCUUCUCCAUGACACUCUUCCAGCAGAUUCAUAGGACUGGUAAAAAAUAUGAUGCCUAAAUCUUCAAAAUGUUAACUGCAUCUACACUUCUGUCUUGCCAUUAAAAACAAAGCAAAACAACUGAAAAGAAAAAUCAAGCUUUGCUCUGCUGAAGGCAUUCAUCCCACCGAUCAAUCUACGUCGUCAUUACUUGACUGAUUACUAGCACAACUUGCUACUUGACUUACUUUUUAGUUUCUGUUUUGCAUUUGCCAUUUAUUUGCCAAAGAAGAAAAGGAAAAAUAAUAAAAACAACUCAGUUUUCUACACUAAUACAUAGAUCUAUUAAACUUUUCCCUAACUUUAUUUAAGAAAAUGCUUUGCUCUACUAAUUGUCGUUAGACAUGCAAGGAUAACGUGACAGAUGUGUGUUUAACUUCUAGAGAGAAUUUUUUGAAGUCUUCUGAUAAGUCUCAAACUGUUCAUGUCUGACAUACUGGAAGACUUGGGAAAGCCACUCAGACUGAGAGCCCUAGGAAUCAGAGCUGCUCACUUGCAGCUUUUUGUACCUUAUGCUGUAUACUUUUUUAUUAUAGAGAUCGCUUAGAAUUUAGUAGCCUGAUUUGUAACUUCUUACUGUUUUGUUUUACAUCUGUCAUAUUUUAAUCUAGGAACCACUGUGCGAUCUUUGAAGGACACAUUAUUUCCACCUUUUAAACUAAUGAUAAAAAAGACAUGACUGUUCUAAAGUCCCUAGGGAGGUUACAUUUAACUGCAUCUUCUGAGCUACCGUGGGUUUGUACCCUUACUAUAUUGAUGACAGUCCUUUCAAUCAGAUGGUUCAGUACUUUAGGGCCAGAUUGGGUUGCCCUUACUCUCACUGGGCUCAAUGGUGAACCCCUUACUCUCGAUGGGCUAGAUUGUGAUGCCUUUAUCCACAAUGAGUAGCACCUUACUCCUCAGGUAGGCCCAUUGAAUGGGACUACUUUCAGCAUGAUACUAUUCAGUGUGAGUAAGUGUAUCAGGUGAGUAACUGCUCACUAGCACCAGGAAGGGGCUUACUCUCUGGCCCACUGAGUAGUAGUUUACUUUCUAAGUAGUCCCAUUGAUUUCAAUGGGAUGGCUUAUCGUGCACGGUGCUGUACAUCAUAAGGGGAGCACAAUCGGUUCAUUGUCGGUUUUCCUGAAAGGCGUUUACUUGACAAUGGUUGCAGUUUUGCCAGGCUGACGAGGUAGCUUUUGAACAACCCCGGAGGUAUAAAGCUGGUUAAAGGCAAGUGGGGGAAUGGUGUGCCAUAUGUCCCAAGAGAGUGGGAAAGGCGUGAUUUACGUUUUCACUCUGAAAUCAGUUGCUCAGAUAGGUGCUCAGAACCUGUUUGUGUCUUUGCACAUACAGUGUUGACUUUUGUCUUCUGUUUUCCAAGUCAGACGUACUACGUGGUAGUUCAGAACUCAUUACAACACACAUUUCUACCGACAUUCCUGCUAGAAAACUUGAACAUAUUCCUCUCUAGUUUGAAUGCUGCUUCUUUCAUAGUGGCCCCUGCUUGACUUGUUUUGUUAUUGGGUUUUUUGGCAGAGGUCUUUCUUACAUUUUGCUGCUUCACGAAGGAAAGUAUGAAUGAAAAUGAAACUUCAGUCAUUUUGUGGACACUCUGGUUUUAUUUUAGUCAGACGUUUACUAUAAAACUUAGUGGUAAUUUUAAAAUACAUUUUAAAGCUAAUUUAUUACCUGCUGGGCCCAGGUAGCUGUCGAAGUGGACAGAUGUUUAUCAUCUGCUAUCAAAGUAGUGCAGUGAUGCUUACAGAUUUGAGGUCCUUAUUCUCAUUUACCUGAAGCACCUUUACACCUCUGUGGCAGCGUAAAGGGGCCUUGAAGUGAGUGUAAAUGUACUUUAUGCCAACUUUAAAGCCCCUUUACAUAGAGUGAUGUAAAGGGGCAUUAAUGUAAGUGACAAUCAGGCCCUGAGAAUCUAGUCCACCAUUUUCAAACUUGGCUGCCUACCAAUAGGCAUCUAAAUUGAUAUCUAGGCAGGACACUUCUUUAGAUAACUUUCAGAGUGGUUGAGCUCUUACCUACAGGUUGCAUAGAAGUCAGUGGCACUGCAGGGGCUCAGGUUCUUUGAAAAUCAGGCCACAUAUUUACAUGCCUAGAAUGGUAGAAUUAGGUUCCUAACUUGAGGCCCUCAGGGUUGAAAAAGUUGGGUCUAAUGCACAUAUUAUUGGUGCAGGAUAAUACAAUCCGUCCUUUCUGUUUGGUUGCGUAUACCCACCCUUUAGUUAUUCUUCCACUGGCCAUAUGGUGACUGCUGCUUCAUUCAUAUUUCCUUUUAAAGACUUGAGGAACGAGGAGGGGGAAAAUACAGACAAAACCUCGUUUACUUUAAUUGUAACAAAAAUUGGGACCAUGUGUGCCUGAGCUCUGUUUGAGACAUUCUGUAUUAAGAAUGGGAGCUCUGGCACUGAGCAUAUUUGCUGCUAUGUGUAAGAUAGUCUCCAAAGUUUCCAAAAAAAUGACAAGUUUUGAAUUUUUGCAUUUUAAAAAAUGUCUAUCUUUAAUCCGUAGUUCUACUUCUUUAUCUUUUAUGGUAGGGUUAUUUUGCUUUCUCUUGUAAAAUACCAAUGUUUUCUCACUCAGACAAACAUAGAAGGGUGGAAAAAUAAGCAAGACCAGGAUGCUAAUCCUUCUGAAGACGCACAGUGGUACCUGUUGAAAUCUUACAUUUUAAUCUGUGGUUGGUUUUUGUAAAAAAAGAAAAAUGAAAGCAAAAUGCAUUUAUACAAGUAACCGUGAAGGCAAAAUACAUAGUGGAAAACUAAAGCUAUUUUGCCUUCCCUUAAAACUUAUUUUUUGUAGAAUGCUCAGUUAUGUUUUAUGACUGAUAGCAAGAUAGAUAUUGAAAAUUCUUUUUUUUCAUGAAUUCUUUUUGCAUUUUAAGUACAGUAUUAACAGAGGUAAUUACACAAACAGUAUUGUCAAGUCUCGCUUUAGCUGACUAUGGAAAGGGAAUUAAGCAAAUUAAGUAAACAAUUAGCAUUAUAGUACAGUAGCUGAAUAUCAAACCAUAUAAUGGGAAAACCUGUGUUUUGAAAAGAA